UUACAUACAUUCUUUUGCAGUUCAAGCUAUUAAAAUGGGUAUCCACUUUGGAAACUUGGAGAGAGUGAGGCAUGUGAUCACUUACAGCUUGUCUCCAUUCGAGCAGAGGGCAUUCCCUAACUACUUCUCUAAAGGAAUUCCCAAUAUGUGGCGGCGAGUUCACUCACGGAUCUACAGGGUAGCACCUCCUUUUGUGUUGGCCUAUGUUGUUUACACCUGGGGCAAUGAAGAAUUUGAGCGACUGAAAAGGAAGAACCCUGCUGACUUUGCAAAUGACGAGUAAUACUGCUUAUAUGGAGAGCUCAGUGUAUUAAUGUCAGUUUCCUUCUUUGUUUCUAAACUUGCUCACAAACACACACACAAGGAUAUUUAUAGCAGGCUGUGAAAGCUUGUUAAAUAAACUUCAGUUUCCACCUUG